AUGGAAAACAAUGGUGUUACAGUGGCUGUUGCUGCAUCAACCCGAACUUUUGUACCACAAACAGAGAAACCAGAUAGAGAAAAAAUCAUAAUUAUUGAAGAAUGGAAACAGACAGACUUCCUAUGUAAAGGCUACAUUUUGAGUGCUUUGAAGGAUGACUUAUGUAAUUUCUAUAGUGCAAUAACAACUUCAAUAGAGUUGUGGGAUGAACUUGAGAAGAAAAAUAAGAUAGAAGAUGCAUGUUUGAAAAAGUUUGUGGAACUUCAACUUAUUCCCCAUAAUCUGAUUGCUGAAGAUAUGGUAGUAAAUGAAGAUUUUCAAGUGGAUGCAAUGAUCGAGAAGUUGCCUCCUCCGUCUAAGCAUAUAAUAAAGUACCUGAAAAAGACUAGGGAUUACAUGCUAGUCUAUCAUUCAGAUGAGUUGGUGCCCAUAGGGUACACAGACUCAGAUUUCCAGUCUGAUAUAGACUCUAGAAAGUCGACCUCAGGAAAUGUGUUUACUUUGGGAGGUGGAGCCAUUGCUUGGAGAAGUAUCAAGCAAACCUGUGUUGCUGAUUCUACCAUGGAAGCCGAAUAUGUAGCAGUUUCUGAAGCAGCUAAGGAGGCAGUGUAG